AUGGUGAUCGUCUCCCGCGCUCUGUUGGCCCUGGCGGCCCUCGUCCCCGCUGUCGUUGCUCGUCCCAGUCAGACCUGCCGAAAGGUUCAGCAUGACUUCCCUGCUGGCACAAACAAGAAUGAUCCGCGUGCCGAAGCUGUGAAGCAGGCCUAUGUCCGCGAGUGGAACCAAUACUACAAAUAUGCAUUCCCCCAGGACGACCUCAUGCCCCUCACCCACAACGGCACCAAUGACCUUUUCGGCUGGGGUGCUAGUGUUGUCGAUGGCAUUGACACUGCCAUUGUCAUGGGCUUGACCGAUAUUGUUGAGAAACAGCUGAAUCACAUUGCUUCUGUUGACUUCACAAAGUCUGCCUAUAUCGUCAAUUUCUUUGACACAAACAUCCGUUAUCUCGCUGGACUUCUGAGCGCAUAUGACUUGAUCAAGAGUGGAAAAUUCCCUAACCCCUAUGACGAGCAUCUUGUCGAGGCCCUGCUAUCCCAGGCAAAGUCCCUGGCGACUGCCAUCAGCCCAGUGUUCGACACUGUCACUGGUCUACCUGCGUCACAGAUGAACUUUACCACUGGCGAAGUUAUUCAGGCCUCCAGUACCAUCAAUGGCACUACGUACAAUAGUACCAACACUGCCCAGGCCGGAACCAUGAUCUUGGAGUACUACCGUCUCUCCGAUCUCACUGGCGAUGAGUCUUUCCGCGAGCACGCGAAGAAGGCCGAGAGCUAUCUCAUCAAGCCCAGCCCUGCUCCCGUUUACCCCGGCCUCGUUGGUACCGAGCUUGACACCGAGACUGGCAAGUUCAUUACCUUUGAUGCUGGCUGGGAAGCUGGCGUGGACAGCUUCAUCGAGUACCUUAUCAAGACUUAUGUGUACGAUCCCUCGGAUGAAUACGCUCAGCAGCUACGUGACUUUUGGGUUGUCACCGCAGAGUCGAGCAUGAAGAAUAUUGCGCUACACCCGUAUCAUCACCCCGAGCUGACCUUCCUGUCGCAAUCCGACAUCAACGGUAGCCUCAUGUGGGCCAUGGAUGACUACGCUUGCUUCGCUGGCGGUAAUCUUCUUCUCGGUGGAGCAUAUCUGGACCGCCCCGACAUCACUGACCUUGGAGUCAAGGUGACUGAUAGCUGUCACCGGCUCUUCAACACCACCACGACCGGUCUGAAUCCGUCGAGUAUUGCCUGGUACAACCAGAACAACACCGCCUACGACAACCAAUACAAUAAGAACGCCACCUACCGCGCCGAAGCCGCUAAGAACGGCUACUUCAUCACUGACCCCUCGUAUCGCGACUAUCCCGAGCCCAUCGAGAGCAUCUGGUACGCGUACCGCAUCACUGGUGAUACUCGCUGGCAGGACUACAACUGGGAGAUCUUCCAGGCUCUGGAUACGAAGCGAUCCAAGUCCGUGCCCUACGCCGAGAUAUCCGAUGUGAAUGCUCCUGGCGGUGGCGAGUUGAUCAACUAUGUUGCCAGCUUCUACUUUGCUGAGGUUCUCAAGUACCUCUAUCUCUCCUUCGCUGAGACCGAUGUCGUCAGUCUGGAUGAGUUUGUGUUUAACACCGAGUGCCACCCCAUGCGCAUUAAGAAGCCCUGCAACUAA